AUGAAGAUGUCUAGAGGCGCAAGCUUUAGGAGUUGCUCUUUGCGAUGGGUGGUUGUCUUCAUCUUGUUAGUGGGUGUGAGAUCUCAGCUCACAACAGAUUUCUACUCCACCAGUUGUCCUGGUCUGCUCAGCGUAGUGAGGAAGGAAGUUCAAAAUGCUAUCAAGGCUGAAACAAGGAUGGCUGCUUCCUUGCUCCGGCUUCACUUCCAUGAUUGCUUUGUCAAUGGAUGUGAUGGAUCGGUUCUCCUGGAUGGAAGUGGCGGCGAGAAGUUUGCUUUCCCCAACCUUAACUCUGCUCGGGGAUUCGAAGUCGUGGACGCCAUCAAAACUGCUGUGGAGAGUUCGUGCAGCGGAGUUGUAUCGUGCACUGACAUCUUAGCCAUAGCCGCCAGAGAUUCUGUGCUCCUGAGCGGGGGGCCGACAUGGAAAGUUCUACUGGGAAGAAGGGACGGAUUAGUGGCGAAUCAGACUGGUGCAAACAAUGGCCUUCCUUCUCCUUUCGGUAGUUUAGACACUAUCAUCUCCAAGUUUGCCGCCGUUGGCCUUAGUGUCACAGAUGUGGUGGCUUUAUCAGGUGGUCACACAAUUGGAUUAGCAAGGUGCGCCACCUUCAGCAACAGAUUGUUCAACUUUUCGGUGACUACAGGCUCAGACCCCACACUCGAAGCAACUAUGACAUUGGACCUGCAAAGCCUAUGCCCUGUGAAUGGCGACGGAAACAAGACAACUGCCCUAGACCGCAACUCCACCGAUCUAUUCGACAACCAUUACUUCAAGAAUCUGCUUGUAAACAAGGGCCUUCUCAGUUCGGAUCAGGUUCUCUUUUCUGGUGACAACAGCACAGCCAGUCCUACUACGAAAAGCCUAGCACAAUCCUAUGUCAGCAACUCCAGCCUUUUCUUCACCGAUUUUGCCAACUCAAUGAUCAAGAUGGGAAACAUCAGUCCACUCACAGGUUCUAACGGCGAGAUUCGGAAGAACUGUAGAGUGGUUAACUCUUCAUGAGCUGCAAAAUGUAAUAACAACU